AUGGACCCUUACACCCCACGAACGCGUCCAGGAGGCCGCAAGAAGAACCUCGGUUUGUCUGCAAAAGAGUAUACCAAGAUCACAGGCACUAUCGCUUCCGUUCGCAGAAACAGACAACUGAACGACGAUAUAUUUGAAGAUGGAGAUGUGCGCGUACGCUCAUCACGAGAAAGUCGUGGCAAAAGCCAUGAGCCGUCAUUUAUCGCUGAGAUUUCAUUCGUGCGCGCACCCUUGAACUCGCGCGUCGGUGCAUCUGCAUCGAUACCUAAGUCAAAGGGAAAGACAAGGGAAGAUGUAUUGGAUAAUCUUCCGGUGGAUAUACAAGAAGCUUUGAUUUUGGAGGAUCUCCUCUAUGUCUUGAUGGGCAUUGAGGGGACAUAUAUUUCUUAUCAUCCCGAAUACUCGCAAGAAGAUGACGACCCACUCAAGGGAAUAAGUUUUGUCGUGUCCUCUCCUCUAGAUUCGUCCCUUCGAGACCUAACAGAACGGAUACUACCCCUCGGCACUUAUUAUACUGCCAUCUCCUCUUUCGUGGAGAGCCGCAGCCACCUCGAUUUUGGGCUUGUCAACCAUGCCCUCUGCGCUGCCAUCCGGGACAUGCUCAAAGUUGGUCUUUCUUAUCCUCCGAGCGUUGUCUUACUUACGCCUCCAAAGGAUUACCAAACACUCCUCUCUCAGCUCGAACAUGCUUUUAACACUUCCCCGCAAUUCAGUCUACAAAAAUUAUGGUUCUAUGUUCACCCAACAGUGCAUACCCUAUCCCUUAUUUACCAACUUAUCCUCGAACUGGCUACUACCGAUGACGACGACGCCUCAUCUUCUUCGUCUUCUUCCGAGUCCGAUCCAGAGCAAGCAGCACGAGACGAGGCGCUUGGGCUCGGCGGGGCGAAGCUGAAGGCGGUUUUGUCCGACAUGAAGAAGAGCACGUCAGACGCACCUAUUAAUGUCAAGGGCGGGGAAGUACUAACAGUAAUAUACGAGCGCAUGCAGACCAUGUCAGGCGAUCCCACCGCAGUCAAAGUAUACGGCACUCUUCUAACCGCUGCGGGGGUGCCGUACGUCGAGAUGCUUCGAGUAUGGACAACCACGGGUCGCCUCGAAGACCCAUACGAGGAGCUGUGUGUGAAGGAGAGCAAGUUCAUCAGCAAGGGCAUUUUGGAAGUGGAUUACACGGAUGAAUAUUGGGAGAGGCGAUAUACACUUCGCGAUGGUUCGACGCUCUCUUCGAAGCGUCAGCACACAGGUAUUCCACCGCCACGUACUCCUGGGGGUCGAUUACCUGGUGGUGCUUGCAUACCGCCCCUUCUUGAGGGUUGGAAACACAAGUUUCUACUUGCAGGCAAAUAUCUUAACGUGAUACGUGAAUGUGGGAUUGAGGUGCAAGCUGAUCAGAAGGAUUUAACCAAUAAGUCGCUGUCCAUGGAAGAUGAAAAGCUUUACAAAUUCAUCGAAGAUGCAUACACACACGCGAACCGCACCCUCCUACGUCUCCUGCUGCAGGAUCAACAGCUCAUACCUCGGCUCCGCUCUCUCAAGCGUUAUUUCUUCCUUUCCUCCUCAUCCUUCCUCACCCACCUCUUAGACCUUGCCCAUAUAGAGCUGAAGAAGCCCGCGAAGGGUGUCAGUAUUGUGAAGCUACAGAGUCUGCUCGACCUCUCACUUACGGGGGAAGAUGCCGCAUUCCGCGAAGAUGUGCGAGUCAGCAUCGCGAGUAGCGUGGCUGUGAUCGGUGGUGAGGAAGGCGAGGGCGUGCCAGAUGAUGACGCAAAGAAGGAUCGCGACAGGGAGAAGGAGAAGGAUGACAAGAAGCCCAUGCUUGCAAUCGAUGCCCUUACACUCGACUACAACGUGAAAUUCCCGCUUUCACUCGUCAUCUCCCGCAAAACAAUUCUGCGCUACCAGCUCCUCUUCCGGUUCCUCCUACAUCUCAAGCAUGUAGAGCAGUCGCUCGCAUCGAUGUGGAUAGAACAGAAGACGACUCCCUGGCGGCGUUCUGUGCCCAACCACCCCGAGUUCGAGCAGUGGCGAUUGCGAGUCGCGCUCCUAAGAGCUCGCAUGCUCGCAUUCGUCCAGCAAAUACUGGCGUUCACGACAUUUGAGGUUCUUGAACCUAACUGGCGGGCACUAGAGGCGAAAUUAGCCAAGGUGACCACCGUGGACCAGCUCCUGAGGGAUCACGUAGACUUUCUGGACACGUGUUUGAAAGAAUGCAUGUUGACGAGUGCCAAACUGCUGAGGUCACAUGCUCGACGUUCGCUCUGUACACCUCCUUCUUUCACCAAGUCCGCCAAUCAAGCGCUCGCAGCAGCCGAGAGCGACGACGGCGACCAAGCGAUGAAUAAACGGUGGGAAUUCCUCAAGAAGUUCGAGUCCAACUUCAACCACUGGUUCAAGUUUCAUUUGGACUGCGUACAGUACUACGCGUCGAGUGAGAAUGUGUCGCUACUUCCUCUUGUGGUACGGUUGAGCAGCAUCAAGGCGAUGUCGUAG